AGUCCGACUCUCCAAACAUCACGCCCCAGGCAUUCUUUGGGGUUCACUAGGCUUUGGAUCAACUACACAGUUGGUGAUCUUAUUCUUUUUCGACUAUCUGCAUUCAUUCAUAUACGUCCUCACCAGCCAUACCCGCCCUUUGUCCUGUUGUUGGCCCUCAGAUCCUCCUCUGCCAACAUGGCGCCCAUAAGUACAGCUGUCUUUGCGACGCUGCUCAUGAACGAUGCCUACCUACCAGGUGCUAUGGUACUGGGCCAUUCGCUCAAAGACCGGAGCGCAAAAGCUCCUUUGGUAGCUUUCGUUGUCAUCGACAGACUGGCCAACGACACUAUCACUGAACUUCGAACGGUCUACGAUGACAUUGUGCCUAUUCAGGCGAUAACCAACAAGAACCCUGCCAAUCUCUACCUCAUGAACAGACCCGACCUAAUAUCCACCUUCACAAAGAUCGAGCUAUGGAGACAGACACAGUACAAGAGGAUAAUCUACAUGGAUGCAGAUAUGGUGGCUUUGAGAGCGCCUAACGAGCUGCUCAAGCUGGACACAGAAUUCGCUGCUGUGCCUGAUAUCGGUUGGCCGGACUGCUUCAACACUGGUCUCAUGGUCUUCUCGCCCAAUAUGGGGGACUACUACUCCUUACUUGCACUUGCGCAGCGCGGAAUCAGCUUCGACGGAGCCGACCAGGGUCUACUGAACAUGCACUUCCGCGAGUGGGAACGAUUAAGUUUCGUCUACAACUGCACACCCAGUGGGAACUACCAGUACGUCCCAGCUUAUCGACAUUUUCAAAGCAGCAUUGCUGUCGUCCAUUUCAUCGGCCAAGAUAAGCCCUGGACGUUAGGUAGAGACAACAAGAUGAACACCGGCGUCUAUGGAGAGCUCCUGGGGCACUGGUGGUCAGUAUACGACCGACAUUAUAGAUCACAGGAAACCACGCAUUAUAAUACUCGAACACAACAGUCAUCAAAGAAGGUUCAAGAUGGUCAACCUACAAACGUAGAGAUGCCUUUGGGCGACAGUUCAACACCUGUAGGCCAGAAUGACUUCACUCCUGUGUCGACAGUGGAACAAAGACGGUUCUCGGCUCCCCACAUCGAAUGGGAUCCAACGAGAGCACCACCACCUACACAUGCCAAACCUGAAGCGGCUAACUUCCCUACUCGAAUCUAUGACAUGUCCAGCGAUACUCAGCUCUUCCAACCACCAAGUCACUACCCUGAAGCACCCAAAGACAUGUGGUAUGAAGUACCACAAAAACCCGCCGAGCCUGAGAAACCCAAACCGAUUUUCCCUUGGGAGGCCAGAGCGCCCAAACCUACCCGAGUAUUUCCUAGAGCGAGGGCCCCCAGCCCACCUCCUGUAGAAGAGCCGAUGUCUCAGGUCGAGAAAGAUGAGCUUCCAUCCUCUUCGGGAACUGAUAUCACAGAUGCAAGCGAAGAGAGCGUAGCCACACCGAGCGACCCGUGGGCGUCAUUCGAGCAAAGAGUAAAUGCCUGGGACGACAUGCCUGAGAUCGAACGAUACGUGCGGAACCUCAGUCUAGCCCAAACGAGAAAAGGCAAUUUACAAGUCUUGCAUCCAGCUCCUUCCCAAGACUCGAAUGCUACGCCACCUACCAGAGACACUCGCCGAGCGAGUUUAAGACUGACCGAUUUCCCCACCGAAGUUGAACGACCGAGCUUACCUGUAACUCCGGCCCCAAUCCGGCGAUCCACCAUCUGGGGACAGGAGAGAGACGAAGAGUCACUUCCAGCAGCUGAGGGAGUACCAAAGCAAGAAGAUUGGAAUCCGGUUACGAAGCUCGAAGACCUUCAACGACGGCAAAGCGAAGCAUUAUUAUCGCCCACGGGCAGUCGACAAUUGGGUGAUGCUCCAGAGCUUCCACAAAGAGAGAUGCCAGACAGUAAGAGCAAGGAGGAUGUGAUGAAGAAGGCAGAACUUUCAAUCUCGCCCUCAGAAGCACCGAAAAAGCCCAAACCGAUAUUAAAAGCGCCACAUUUUGAGUUGGGGCAGGAUGUGGACGAAUCAUCCAAGCACGCCCCCGGUCGAGCUGAAGAAGAUCUUGACCCUACGGAGGCCGUGUCGCCUACGACAGUGAGAGAAGAGGGCGCUACAGAGAGCUGAAGACAAUGAAUGCUAAUGGUAAUGAAUAAUCAAGAGGGUCGAAAAUGAAGUUCCUGGGUAGGUAGUACAUGGUUGCCAGGAUGUUAUUGGAUGCUUGAUGAGACAUCGUUCAUGAAACAUGUUGCCGAUGGCUAGAAUGCAACAUUUGUUGACGACUAUGGGUUGGAAUGCAAUGCCAUUCCCCUUUGUAGCAUAUCGCAUAGCAAGCGUCGAGGUUUCUGUGUUGCGGCAUGUUUUUAAGUACCAUGAGAAAGGGUUGGAAUUUAUUCCUGUGGUUGAGUGUUGCAAUUUAUGUCCCUCGAGAUCA